GUGCAAGUACGGGUGGAUUUUCUGGAGAAUGGAAGGGGAGGUUUCUUCCUUCUUCAUGGUGGUUUCAAGUACUCCAUCAGAACAAGAUACAAUGACAGAAUCUACUGGAGAUGUAUUGACAGACAGUGUCCAGCUUCAUUAACAACAUCUGAAAACAUCGUGGUGAAGUUUGGCAGACCACACAACCAUGAGGACAACUAUAUUGGACUAGCAGCCGAAUCCUUCAUCGGUGGUGUGAAGAAGAGGUGCAGAGAAGAGGCAACACCAAUCCCCACCAUCUAUGAUGAAGAGUUAGGAGGAUUGCGCAACACCGAAUGUGAUGACUCAGUGGUGGAUAUGAUCAGGAACAUUCCAACAUUCCAGGCCUGUAAGUCAUCUUUGUAUAGGAACCGGGCUAAGACAACUCCAAAGCUGCCUACUUCACAGGAGGAGAUCAACCUCAACGGACCAUGGACAUGCACUUCAGCUGGAGAAAGGUUCCUCCUCUGUGAUGACACUGAUGCCCAAGGAAACCGUAUCCUGAUAUUUUCUACCGACUCCAAUAUACAACACUUGUGUGCAGCAGACACAGUUUUCAGUGAUGGAACAUUUUAUUCGUGCACCAGAUUCUUCACCCAACUGUACACACUGCAUGCCAAUGUGAACGGAACUAUGUUUCCCCCCGUAUUUGGACUUCUACCCAACAAGAGUGAGGGCACUUACAAUCGUUUCCUAGUGCUUCUGAAGGAUGCAGUUAGUGACCGACAGUCUGUGUUAACUCCUGAACAUUGGUUACUGGACUUCGAAAUCGCCGCACGGAAUGCAGUUCAUGGAAACUUCCCUAGGACAUCUAUCAAGGGGUGUUUUUUUCACUACACCCAGUGUAUAUGGAGGAAAGUCCAGUCAUCUGGAUUAACCACACAAUUCCGGGAGGAUGAAGAUUUCCAUCGUCUGGUAAGAAGAGCUGCUGUUCUUCCUUUAGUUCCUGAGCAUCAAGUGGAAAAUGUAUGGUUUGAGGCGCUAGAGGACAAUGACAAUGAUAACCAAGAUGUCUUGCGCUUCAAAGACUAUGUUACAGAGACUUGGGUCGAAGGCCAUCUGAUGACCUGGAACCAUUUUGACAAUGAAGGGCCAAGGACAACAAAUGCAGUGGAAGGAUGGCAUCAUAAAUUCAACAGGAUGUGUCGACGCCCCCAUCCAAAUUUGUUCAUGUUUGUUCAGUUGAUUCAGAAGGAACAGGCAGCCAAUGAAGCCAAGAUGAUUCAGCUAGCUGCUGGUGGUGUUGUCCGUCCCAAGAAAAGAAAAUAUCGACAAUUAGACCGUCGCAUUCAGGACUUAAAGGAAAGACUACGCCAAGGACAUAUCCGAUUAAUGGACUAUGCAGAUGCUGCAUCCCAUCUACUGCAUUUGGAGUGAUGUGUCU